CUACAAACAGGUUAAAGUGAGGGCGGAGGAAUGGAGUUAAGACUAAUUUUAAUAUGCUCAUAAGGUCAUGUUACUAAAUAUAUGGGGUGGAAAUAUGAGCUGUAAUGUGUUUAAAAUAUGAUAAUGUGAAAACUUGUGCGACAAGCAAAAGUUUUCACAUUAUCACCACGUCUGACCGUUACUACUACCGCGAGACUCUCCAGACAUGGACAACGAGCACAGAAAGGUAAGUAAUAUGUUUGCAUGACCUUUACGGGGGAUACAAUAAGACGCCAACCGCCAUGUUUCCUAAGAGUUAAGAAAUAAGGAAGUGGUUGACUCACCUCGGCUCACAGCGGUGCUGCACACAGGUGAGGGAGUGGCUUCCUGCUGCCUCCUCCUGCACUAUCAGACUGUCAGGCCUGGGCUCUCCGGGAGGAAUACCGCUGUCUGCUUUUAUUCUCGGGGGAUUUCAAUCAGAACCAGGUAAGACUCCACAUCCACAACCCUUUUUGUCUAUUCCAACUAAGUGUUUCAACUUUACUUCUCAGAGGAGCUGAAUCUGUUAUUCAAAGUUUAAAAUAGUUUGCAUUUAUAAAGAUUAACGCAAUAAACACCAUGGCCUGCAUUUAAGCCAUUACAUAAGGUUAAAGGGUAAGGGUUUGUACUCAAAAAGUUGAGAACAAUAUCUAUUUUUAAUGUAUGUAUAGAUUCAAUAUCCAUGCAAAUUGUUAUACUUAAUUUUGAAGCUCAAAGGGUUGCAUUUUCAGAGUAGAAAAGUGAUCAGAGUGACAGGAUGAGCAGCUCGAGGUGCUGUUUUCUCGCAGAGAGAGAACUUUGUUCAUUAUCACAGCAUGUCUGUGCAGGUGGAGGAGCAGCCUCCACAUUCCAGUGCCUUGGGUCAUGACAGUGCAGUGCGCAGACCCUCAGCAGCACAACACUCUUCACAGAGCAGGCCUGUCUGAAUGCCUGCCUGUGUUGACAAGCACCUACCAUACUUGCCUACCAUAAACGCUGAACUUUCUACAGUAGAAAAGUAGCUUACAAGUGUCCAGAUUUCCUGUGAAUUCACCACUUGUGCAAUCAUUAGAUCUUUAUCUGAAGAGCAUUUCCUCAGUUGCCUUUUACUGAUAAAAAAACAGACUGAAAAGAUGUCAUUUUACAUCCUUUUGCACCAGGUCUCUGUAAAAGUCAUUUUUGUCACUAUUUUUCUUCGAAAAUAACACACACACAAACACAUACAAGGACAAAGUGAUGACACCUCUAGAUAUCUCUCACUGUAGUCAGAGGUACAUGUUAUGACAGAUCCAACAGCAUGUUCUCCAUUGCACCACCGUGCAGUUUGCAGUGAAACAGCAGUAUGAGCAGUCAAUGAUCUGACCAACCUGUUGAAGCCUUGUUAUGUAUGUUUAUAUGUUUUUAUGUAUUUUAAGGCUCCCACAUAAAAGACAGUGUAGGUACAUAAUAUAUAAUUUAACAUUCUCUGGCAUAACCAACAUAACACAAGCAAACAAAAAGGUGGGGGUGGUUUAAAAGAAGUGAAAUGUAGAGAUAGACCGGUUUAUGAUUGGCUGAUUUAACAGCCUUUUGGUCUUAUCGGCAUCACCUCAGCAUUGGCUCAACAAGGCAGACAUCAACACAAUCUUUUCUCAAUAAAAUAGGGAUUUCCCCCCAAAAACAGUGAAUUAAAUCUUGAAUAGCCACUGUGCUAGUGCUCUGAAAUGUAGCAUAACCUAAUGUGUUGGUAUCGUCCCAUUAUUAUUAUUUUAAUCAAGAAUUAAUUCAUAAUCCCUGCUGCCCUAGAAGGGCAGACUGAUGAAGAUUUGAAGUGGCUCUUAGGUAAAAUUUGCAUUACUGUACUGAUAAGAUGCCAUAGAAAUAAGGGGGAAGGUCCACAUCAUUUAACAACCUUCUGAUUAUUUAAGACCCACUUUAUGUUGUUGAUACUCGUUUGCAUUCCUAAUUACACUAAUCAAACAGUUGGAUGAUUCCUCUGACCUUUUUCUAAAGCCUCUUCCUCCUGCUGAAUGAAGCAGUGUUGCUUCUCCUCCCACUGCUGUGGAAUUUCAUUCUCAUCUGUCACAAUCUGUCCUCGCGGAUCAAUCAUCUCCUGAUGUCUCACCAAGAGAAACUGUGAACCUUUCUAACAGAGCACAACAUUUCAGUCACAGAGGACUGGCAGCAGUGACAAAUGUUUGGGUGCUGAAUAUUAGGAUUUAUUGUCAUCCUGCUGCAGUGUUUGUUGUGGGUGAGUGUUGACGGGGAAAGUUCCCCCCACCUUGGUCUUGUGUUUUUCAAUCAGAAUCUCCCCCGGGAACAGUUGUUACCAUAACAACUCAAGCGGCAGCAUGACGGUCUGAGAGGGGAACAACAACAGCUUGCACUGAGAAACUCGUGUCACUUUUUUGCUCACUUGGGGAAACCAGACAGAUGUGGCAAACAACAGCAAGACUCACCACAUUCCAGUAAUUUGUUAUUCAGUUAAAGGGUUUUAUGCACCAUACUAUUGACAGUUCUGUAGCAUUAAUGGGCAUCUUGUGUGAUCUUGUGUGCAGAUCUAUGAAGUACUUCUAUAAGAGGUAUUUAAAGCUCCUAUGAGAAGUUUUUUUUAUUUUUUACAUUUAUGAUGUAGCCUGAAAUUCACAUUAAUACUUUUUUAUGAUAUUCAGUAGCAAACAAAACUAUUACUAACAAAAUUGAUGAUCUUUAUUCCUUUUUUUUAUGCCUGACACUGGUGCAAGGUGGGUAGGUGUCGGCCAAGUAGCUAAAGAAAAAGCCCUGCUUUUUCAAUUUCUACAUUAAAUUUCCACAAUAAAUCAUACAUCUGACUGUAAAAAGUCACAGGGGGGCGCCAAAAUUGACACAAACUAAAGGUUUGGCUAACUUUAGUUUGAUGAAACCGUUGUGUAUUUCACAAAACAAGGAGAAAGUUAUUUAUUUAUUUAUUUCCCUGAUUUAAUUUAGAUACAGUUUAGAUUUAAUUUGUAAUUUGUAUUAGUAAAUAUCAGAAUUAAGAAUAAACAAUGGCAGGUCUUCCUCAAACAUCUUCAUAAAUUUGGUCAAUUAUAGGCAAACAUCUUAUAACAUGUCACAAAAAAAGAAAAAAAAAAUGCAGUUGUGAUUUUAUGUACCUAUACUAGACCAACCCAACAGCUACCAAAUGCUUCACACAAGUCAUGGUCUGUAAAGAAAAUCUACCAACACCACAUUUUGACUUGACACAUGACAGGUGUAAACAUUCAUAACUGAGAUUAAAGCUCCUAUGAGGAAUUUAUUAGGCAAACAAGACCAUCAGCACCAAGAUUGAUGACUUUAUUAUUACAGACAGAAACUGAAUAUUCCUCAAGACAAAACAAAACUGCAAAACAGUCUUUUUAAAAAUCGGUUUCAUCGACAACAAAGCAUGAAUCACUAAUGCAUAAGACAAGAUUAGCAAAGGGGGGAGCAGCUUUGUCUACAGGGGGUACCAAACCAAAAAGUUUGUUACAGGAGCUUUAAUGAUGGCUGUGUUUAAGGUUUGCCGGUUAAGGAGUCUGAAAAUGUGCAUUGACUACAUUUUAGACUUCAUGUUUUUUGUUUCACCUGCCUUUUCCCUGCCACUAAAAGUGAAUAUAUCAGUCAUUUAAAUUGCUUAUUGUUACCCAGCUCGACUUGAAGAGGUUUUAUGUCUGCGCUGCAUUGUUUGGGGUUUUAGUGUUUAAGUGUAAAAAACCUAAACUAUACAAAACCAGGUCUCACAUGGUUGUUAAAACCUUGACUUAAGUGGAGGUCAGAGGGAUAGAACUGUGACGGAGGAAACAUGGUGUGUCUUUUUUCCCUGUGUUAUUUUUCUAUAGCUGAUAAUAUUUGUUUAACACACUUAUGUAUUAUUACCCAGCUGUGUGAAAUACUUGAUUCUGAUUGGUCAAAACUGAAUUAGAAUGGUAAUUUAUUCUCAAGCACAAAAAGCAUGUUAGGGACAGUUUGAGCACACACUUCAUAUCUCUGACACUGUUAAGGUCCUUACACACCGGGAACGCCGAAAUAUUCAGAGGCGAAUUUUAACGUGCCUGACUAUACACAUCAAGCCCGAUGACUAUUUUUCAGUUCUGAUUAAACACUAGUGUUGAGAUGGCUGUCUGUCAUGAUAGCAUGUACUGAGUUGGAGCCAGUACCAGAUAAGCACAUUGAACUAUAAUCCAUAAACGUAAGGUAACAACCGAGACCUAAUGGUGCUGUGACAGCAACGCGAUUGAGUUUGAGACAGUGAAAAUACAUAUGGUAUGUUGUACCUGAACGGGUUAGCUUACGAGCUGAAGUUACUUAGAACAGAUGAAAGUUAAAAACAAGACGUUUAGCAAACUCAACUCAACUUUAACUUUUAACUUUAACUUCAACUUUGAACAAAGUGCUGUACAUAAACAGACAAAACAACACAGACAUAAAAAACAAUCAAAAGACAAUUAAGACAAUGGACUCUAUUUUCGUGUACGCCGGUGAGGCGGCGGAGGGUGGCGGAUCCUGUGCAGUUGUAUUUUCGUCUGGCGGAGCCCGGCGUACAGCCAGUUUGGUAUUUUCGUGGACUGAGGUGCACGGAGGCGAGCCGAGAUCUGCCAAGCUGGGCGUGGUGGCGUGGCAGGGGGAGGUGUCGACAGAAUCAGCGGGCGCAGUGACAUUUUCGUGCUCGCCAGUGGCGUGUAAAGUGAACUGAAAGCUCGCCGAUUCAAACCUAGUCAGCUUUCACCGCAGGUGGAGCGCAGCUGGUCUAGUGGUAUUUUGGUAGACCGGCGGCCUAUCGGCAUACGUCACCGAUGCCUCACAGGCAGGUUUCCACAGUGUCAGGCACAUUUCAGUGCAAUAAAUAAACAUCAACAACUAAUAAUCUGAGUCAGCACAUACAUUUAGAUCUAUAUCGAUAUAUUCUGAUUUAUAUCUGAUCUGAUGAGCGCGUUUGGCACGUGUUUGGACACACAACCGAAUCAACACAGCUGGAACCGCAUUAAAUUAAAUUAAAAAUCUAGUAAAUAAACACACGAAGUUAACAAGAUAUUUAAUUUGUCUCCCUCCUUUUCUUUCUUCCUCUUCCUCUUAUUUCUCGCGCAGCUCGACCUGGACACGUCUCCAUGUCCUCUCUCUGUCCUGCUGCAGCUGCGGCUGAACAGAUGAUUUGUUUCAGUGAUCAGAUGAGUUAUUUACUUUAAGCCUACAUACGGAUGUCAUAAUAUUCAGUUUUGUGGGCCAAAUUUAUUUUAUAUGCCAACAUCUAUGAAAGAAAGAGCCAGGCCAUGGAGCGCGAUGCGUCAUUUACGCACAGAUGGUUCCGAUUUUAAUGCCAUUUUUGGAGUUUAUGUUGUGAUCUGUGCGCACAACCCACCUUUGUCACGUGAGGUUUGAAUAUAUGCAACUUUAUUUGAGUGUCUUUAUUUGUGGAAAAGGGUGUUUGUCUUACCAGUGGGUCCAAACUUACACACAACAAAUCCCUCUGUGCUCAUAUGAUAGAGUUUGGAGGACGCCCUCUGCAGCGUUUACAGUGACACUUGUUGAGGAGCUGCCCUCUGUCGCCAUCUUGUGGCAUUAUUGUCUUCAGACAUCUCUUGAUCUCUUUGACUACUUCACGAAAAUAGUAAUACGCCUUGCCGGUGGCGGAUUUAAAGGCAAGGAGAGGAGCUGAUGUGAUUGGUGAAAACAGGUCUCGGCUGUGUUAAACCCACUCCAAGCCCUCUCUCCUCCCUCGCUACGACUUACGCCGCUGCGAAGAGCUGAGUUAGGGAGGGGGGAUACUUACGCCAGGCUGCGCCGCUCACCAAAAUACCAAAUUGUGCUUGGGAAUGCCUUGUCGGUGUGGCAGACCUGAAUUACGCUGCGCCUGCGGCACGUCUCCGGCGAGACACGAAAAUAGAGCCCACAGGAUAAAAUAAAAGCAGAUAUUAAAAAGUAAAAUGUAGUUUCAAUGUUUUUAAAAACUAAUUUAAAAACAUAGAAAAAAAUAACUCAAAACAAACCAUCUAACACUAAAACAGGAACUGAGUCUCAUGCAGGGUUGUAAGCCAAUAAAUAAAAAUGGGUUUUAAUGACACAUAAACAAUCAGCCGGUCGGCCAUGUUGGAUAUACUGGUGAAUCUGACGUCGCAACAACACGCAAUCUGAUUGGUCAAAAGUGGACACACAGUAUGCGAAACUUAAGAAAAAUUGACUGUGAUUCGAAAAAAACAAUUCUGCAAUAUCGCAGGACGGGAAAACAUCGCUGAUGUGAACACUUGUAUUGACAGGAUACGGGUUCGAAAAAAAAUAUUGACGUCCAAAAUAAUUGCAUGAAAUGGUAUGUAAGGACCUUAAGCCUGUUGCUACAAGGUCUUGCUCACCCUGUCAGGAUCCCAGUUUGUGUAACCAUCUGUCCACUAUACACCCAUCACUGACUCCACCUCCUUUUCCUGCUUGCCUGCCCGUCUACAGUUAUUUCUUAAUUCUUUUUUUUCCCCCAUGUCUUUCCUAGUGAGACCCCCUUCCUCACCCCCACUGCCCAACAGUGUGUACAGGUAUUUUUUGAAAAUGUCAGUGGCAGGCUGCUGUGAAAGCUCAGAAAUUUUCAGGUAUGAAAGGAACUUUAGAGGCCUGCAAGCAAAAUGCUUUGGCACAACAUUUUGCAAUGCUGUCUGACAUGUGUAGCAAUCUGUAAUGUAUACAUAUCACCAGGUUGACUCAUCAUUUCUUCCACACAAACACAGGAAUGUAGUUGUGUAUCCACAGCUGAGCACGGUGUAAUUUAUGGAGGUGAUCUUUAACGUCCUCUUCUUCCCCCUCUCUCCGUCCGGCCUCCCACACCCAGGUGAUGGUGCAACAUGCCGGCCAUGCUGCUCACUCUUCCUCUCCUUUUUUUUUUCUCUUUCUCUCUCUUUCUCAGUAUACACACACGCAUAGUUACACACAAACACACCCACAAGGCCCUGCUGGGGAAUUCAUGGCCUCAGGCUAACAAAACACAACCCUCUCCAAUAGCGGCGUAAAGCUUGGAGAGAAACUAACACAGCCAGGCUCUCGCACAGCAGACUAACAGCAUGGAUCUUCAUUUAUGAGAGAAAAAACCAUUCAGACGGCCAGAGGGCACUUUUCAUAUGACACUGUUGAGAGGUGGGUAAUCUUUGGUCACAGCUAGGUGUGUUUCCAGGUAUUUAGCAAAGCUGUACUGUUUGCUGAGUCAACAUGCACUCACAUUUUUGAUUGACAGGAAAGAAUAUUAAUUAAAACUGUGUAAUGGUGCUUGGUAAACUGAAAGCAGCUCAGGAUGUGUUUCCUGAUUUUUUUCCUUUUGAGGCAUCAAAAGGUUUGGGCACCAUUAGUCACAGUAUCCUAAAAGUUUAGUCAAACUCCGUACAGGCGUCCAGCUUUUUAAUCAGGCAGAAAGCUUCCAGUUGUCUGUUUUUGAGUGCGUAGCUGUGGCUGUGGUUGUGGCUGUGUGCUGAAGUUUUUACUAUCUCUAGUGGUCAUCUCUGUGUUUGUUUAAAGUCAAGUGGUUGGAGAAGAAUCUCCUGUUGUUUGGAAGUACUCCACGUGAGGUACUCCUGUCUUAAAGCACCAGUUUGCCUUUUGAGGCUACAAAGAGUUUUCAGUAAUGUACGGUAAAGGUGACUGCAUUUGUCAAGGGCCCAUGUUUACUGGUCUUGUAAAUGAUUGCUUAAAAAUAUUUACCCUGCUCCAGGAGGAAAGGAACUGAGUGUUUUGAGUAUGAUUUGCAUCGGUUCAGGCACUCUUGUUACAUUAAUAUCAAGAUUCAUGGAAAUUAUCAGUCCAAACAUUUGAAUUUGUGUGUUUUUGAGUAAAACAUCAGUGGGCUGUGAUUGGUUGGUUUCACCUGAAGAAACAUAUUUAACAUUUGUCCAAGAAAACACACUACCAAGAGCAUUUAAAGCUUUCAGUAGUCUCCAUAAUCUGCCUACUCAGUGGAUUUUGAAGUUCGGAAGUUAGGCUCUGAGAACAGAUACACCCCAAUAUCAAGCUAGCUAGCUCUGGGAGCCAGUUAGCAUAGCAUAACAAAAUGACUCAAAGGCUUUCACAGCAUUUUAGUUAACUGCAGCUGUUUCAAAUGUAGUAUACAAAUAUAUUUUGACUUGACAUGACUGAAACCAGUGAGAAACAGCCAGCCUGGUACUAUUUAGAACUCCCUAGAUCUCACCUAUUGGUACCCUUGAAGCCAGCAACUUGUCUUCUUUACUAAUUCUGUAACAAGGACUCAAAUGGUCUCAUAACAAGUCCAGGAAGUCCUUUCCAGAAGCAGGUUUAUGUUCAGUCUUAAAAAUCAAAGUUGUCUUUUAAACGUAAUGAUUUUUGCAUGAACUAAACAAUUGUUUACAGUGUGCAAAAUAAUCAGCCUUAAAGGCGCCAGUAGGUGGCCAUGUUGCUGACCAACCAGAUCAGAGCUGCACAUGCCUGGUCUCCGAGAUAUUCCACAGCUCAAUAUGUCUUCAGUGUUUUGCCAUCAUAUCAAGCAUAUCACCCAUAUUUACAGAUGCCUAAAGCUAAAAACUGGUAGCCUGACUGGGUCUGUUGUUGGCCCAUGCCCCAUCUGUUUACAAGUUUGUACUCUUAUGCUGAUUUGGGUUAACCUGCACUUAACUCUGUAUAAAACAAUAUAUAAAGGUCGGCCAGUAUUGUUUGUUCUGGGCCAAUACCAAUACCAAUUGUUAGUGGUUCAUGGGACCAAUAACCAAUUUUUGGAAUGGAUAUACAUUGAACUGUCCAUCAAAAUUCAGAAUUUGUAUCGUACCAACUCUAAUACAUAACUUUAUCUCACUCGACGAGACAAAGUGGGAAGGAUGCACUGGCAGCAGAGUUAAAGUAGCACUUGCACUUUUUAAUUCAUGAAUUUUAUUCAGGUAUCUGUAAAAUAAAAGGCUGAUAAUCUGCCAUGUAUCAACCCGAUAAUCAGCCAAGUGCUGCCCUGACCAACAUAUAUUUUAUUAUGAGUCUCAAUAAAUAUUCUUUUCCUUAAAGGUUGGAAGAAAAACUGAGUUUUUCCUACAAUAUAUAAAACUGCCCUUACAAGGACAAAGGAGCAGCUUCUCUGCUACAUUAUGGGUAAUUGUUGACUUCAGUUUCUUGCAUGUCAGAUGAAUCAACACAUGUUGCAUAAUGACUCAAAGCACAGAAACUACUCCACAUUAGCAUGUUAGUCAUCACUCUGUUAUUCAGCGUUCAGUUUGGGAUAGGUUCAUGAGUUUGUUUCCAACAUUUAGACUCUGUCAUCAUGUUGACAGGGAGAUUUCUCUUUUACUGUACAUUUUGGAAAUAUAGCUAACUGGGGGUGAAUUCAAAGAAGUUUCUCUUGUAGUUACAGAUGAUACUAGUCUCCACACAGGCCCGCACUUGAAAUCUCUGUGAGGAAAGAAUGUAAUCAGCGGAUCUCAGAGUCAACUGAUGUGAGUCAUUGAGCCGCAUGGCACAACAUUACAGCCCCAAGGUGAAGCACGGCAUGACUGUACUACUAUGAGAGGGCCGUUGCUGAACAAUGUGUGUUCAUGAGUAACUGCAGUAUCACUUCAAACUUUCACUUCAUGGAGAAGUUAAAGCUCCUGUGGGGCGUCUUCAAAAGGUUAUGAAACAAACUGAAAUUAAUACCAGAAUAAAUACUGUCUUUCUUAUUAAAGGGAUAUUCCGGCGUAAAUUUAAGUUAUAGUUAUAGUCAAACACAUCGUAACACCAAGUCAGACACCCCCUCGAUAGAUGAAUGUUGCAGACCGCUUGCUUCUCUAGUUAUACCAGCUUUAGUAACGACCGCACAUUAGCAAUACACAGCGGUCUAAGUCUCCAUACGCAAACCUCAACCAAAAAGCCUUAAAUUUAAAUUUACACCGGAAUAUCCCUUUAAGUGAUACAUAGGUCUGUUUAAAUAGAAAUUGAAAACAUGACUCCCAUAAGUCUGGAGCCAAGUCUACAAAGUGAUAAGAGUACUGUUUUGUCCACAGGGGAACCAAUAUUGAUGCAAAAGUUGCUAACAGGAGCUUUAAUUUAUCACAUAGGAUGGGCUGCUGACUUAAUUUCUCUGUUACAGGUUUACAGACUGAUACCAGAUGAAGUCCAGGACUUGAAAGCUUUAUGUUUCCUCACUCAUUCUGUGUCUUAGUUAAAGUGUACUUUCCCUCUGACUGUCCACAGGAUGUUGUUGAUAUGAUGGUGCCCAUCCAGCCUUGACCAUGUAUGAGGUGAUGUCAGGUGACACCCUGGCCUGGAAGGUGCCCAGUCCGAGAGAAAGCACCGCCGGGACCAGCCCAGAGUCACACUUCCAAGGAGAUGAGGGGCCGACCAAGAUACUGAAAGUGUGCUUCUGCACCAACAAUAACCUGGGCAAGAACUUCAAGCUUGUGAAAUGUGACGGCUCCUGGCAAAUCAGGGUGAGAGUUAUCUGAAGGAAAAUAUGAGUGAGGGGAGGUGAUGUGUCAGAAGACGGUGAUAAAGAUAGAAGUUUAGUUUAUUUGAGAUUCUUUAGACCAUGUGUUGGAAGAAGAGACAGAAAUUUGUUUUAUCUGUCCUCCUCCACAUUUCAGACAUAAUAAUAAAUCAAUUACCUCAGCACAAGAAAUUAUUUUCUCUCUUUAAGUAUGUUGCAACAAGAAAACUGAAUGCUCAUCACUCUCAUCACACUUCUUUCUUCAGCCAGUUUUAAAGAUAAUUGAUGAGCUACUACACACAAGGUAGUUAAGUGCCUCUAGUGAUAAGAAAGAGUUCAAAAGUUUUUUGUCUUUCUCAGGCAAUUAUCCGUUCGAUUCUGAUCAGUGGUCGAUUGGGGCCAAACAUCGAACAUGCAGGAUGCUACGGUCUCCUGCUGAAACACCUGAAGUCAGACGAGCUUCACUGGCUGCAUCCAGAUCUGACUGUUGGGGAGGUGGAGCAACGCUACGAGAGCAAUCAUGUGGAGGCAGAAUGGAGGUACAGAGUGGGAGAUUUGCAUCCAUGUUUAUCCAGUAAAAGGAGAAAGUGAAAGGUGUUAUGUGAAGGACGCGGUAUUUGAAAAAUGUGUAGAGUGUGUCUGCUUUUUGUCACGCAGGUAUGACCUUCGAAUAAGAUAUGUUCCUGUCAAUUUCUUGGAAAAAUUCAAGGAUGACAGAUCUACAUUUGUGUAUUUUUACCAACAGGUAAUACUCUUCUUAAGAUUAUUUGAUCCAUCCUGUAAUAUAACCAUUUUAGGGUUUUCAUCACUGUUUUUUAUUGAUUUAUUUUUGCUCAGGUGCGCAGUGAUUACAUGCAGUAUCAUGCCAGUAAGGUCAGUGAUGGGAUGGCGCUGCAGCUCGGCUGUUUGGAGAUUAGGUGAGUCACUGCAUUCCUCUCAUUUAUCUGCUCUUCCUGAUCAAACUUCUACUCCCAUUUGUCCCUCUAAUAAAGGCAACAUAACGACACAAGGUCAGAGCUUUACUGGCAUGUUGUACACCGUGUGUACCGGGCUUUAUUAGGGGUCUGAGAUUUGGGUUUUUAGUAGAUGAUGCCCAGUUUAGUAGAGGAAAUGAAUGGGUAAAACUCUCUUAUCUAACUGAUGUUAUUUACUCUGGUUUGACAGGAGGUUCUAUAAAGACAUGAAUGCAAAAGGUCUGGAGAAAAAGUCCAACUUUGAGCUGCUAGAGUAAGUUUUUCCCUUAUUUCUUUACAUUUUGGGGACAUGAUCAAUAGUGGAAUAACCCCAGAUUUCCACCGCAUGCGGAACGGCUGUGUCUGACAAUUCCUACCUGAUGUGUUUGUGAGGCAAAUUUCGUGGUGAAUUUUAGACAGUAGAAAUCGCAAGGACUCACAAGAGCCCAUGAAUUCACAUGCAAUUGCAUGAUAACGAGUUGUCUCUAUAAAGACAGCCACAUAACCAUAUAAGCAGUAGAUUGUGUCCUUCCAGAGGAGGAAAUUCACUCUGUCCAAACCACUAGAUCAGACACUUUUGUGAAGAUUAGAAAUUAACCAUCGGUAAGUGCAAUAUUUACUUAUAUCUACGGAACAAACCAUGGUUUGCAUGGUGUGAAAUACUAUCUGCUAUCUUUAUUUUGAAAAAAAGCUAGAUGUUCUAUUUUGUGUCUGUGCCCGACUUACUUGUCAACAUGGGCUAAUCUGGGCUGAAAUUAUAUUGCAUGCUGCAGCGUCUGGAAAAAAAUAGAACCCUGGUGAUCAACUAUGAAGCCUUCUGAACCCCAGGGGCCAGAAAGAAGCAGGUGGAUAUUGACACAUUAACUUGAAUGGAAACGAUUUGCACCAACGGCCUUUACGCCGCCAUUCUACAUGUGGUGGAAAUUUGGAUUAACUGUCUAGAUGAGUUGUUGUUGAUGAAAUGUCGAACUGAAAUGAAGAGAUACAAACUUUACUGUGACUUUAAAAGGAAGAUUAAAAUCUGUGAAUUUCUCUGUGUGUUCCUGAACAAAUAAAGAAAAGAAGUGGGCCUGGACCUUUUCUUCCCCCCAGAGCUGAUUAACAGCAUGAAGGUAAACCAAAUCAACGGUUUCACUGUAUUACUUUACUGAAGAGUGAAGGACGAGAUCUUUGUCAGAGGAUGCUUGACUAAAGUUAAACAGUGUUUUUUUGGAUCCAGUCAAGGCAGCUCCGGAAGUUGAUCCAGCAAACGUUUCAACAGUUUGCAACACUCAAAGAGGACGACUGUAUGGUGAAGUUUUUCGAGACCCUCAGAGAGUUCAUCAGUUAUGAUGAAGAGGUCUUCCCCUGUGAACUAGUGGUAAGUGGAAACAAACAUGGAUUAAAAAUUCUGAGAUGAUUGAUAUUGUUAAUAUUUGUAUGCCGUCACUUCUCAACAGCAAGGUUGGAGUCUAUCAGUGGAGCUGGUCAUUGGCGGGAGGGGGAUUCGCCAACGCACACAGAAGGAUUCAGCAGUAAGCUAUAAAAAUAAGUAUAUGUUAGUUAAACCACAGAACAGCUGUCCUGGCUGUAUUUUGAGAAAUAAAAAAAUGAAGCAGCUUCCUGGUUUUUAAACUUGUUUCUUAGCCUCUGUCUCAGGUAUGAUAAGCACACAGUUCAGGAAAACCAUAACUUAUUAUUGUUGCACCUCUAUUUUGGAUUAAAGAAAUAAGGAAGAUCUGAUUUUGAGCUUUACUGGUGCUGAUAAUUGGAUUUUGUUACUCAAGAGAGACGUUACGCCGUCUUUUUUUUUAAUUUAUUUUUUUGGCUCUUUUCAGUGUUUAUGUAAAGCUGCUAAGACAAACUCUCUUAACCACAUGCUAAGUGAGCAGCAUCAUGUGGGUGUCACAUCAUUAUCUAUCGGACAAAGUUGGACAUAUGUCAUUAUGAGUCCCAUCAUAAAUACAUUUAUUCUAUUGUUUUUGGUGCUUCAGGCUGUUUUUCUAGCCGACUUCAAGCAGAUCAAGAAAAUACAAUGCUUACCACAGAGUGAUGGCAAGGCUCUCAUAAACUUUGACAUAGAGGGGGCCAGACAAGUGAGUACCACUACAACACCAACACCGUUCUCCUAUUAUAAAAGUGACUGUGAACACAGUUAAGAAUCUUAAAGACAGAAUUAGCUGGUGUGUUUAUCUGCACAGGAAAUUUGACACAGUACAUGUAACUUUUCUCUUUUCUCUGAUAGCGUCUGUCGAUCAAUGUGGCCACGGUCCCUGUGGCAGAGAACAUGAUGGACCUUAUUGAUGGCUACUGCCGCUUGGAAAAUGACACGGAUGAUAGUGUUAUCUACCGGACAAAUAAAGGUGUGUAUGACUCAGACACAAUUCCUAUCACUGUCAGCAUUAGUGUCAUUACAUCCAACCAUAAAGGGCAAGCAUAUGUAGAAAGGAUGGAGCCUUAAAAGGGGAAUAAAAUCUUUUCAACUAAUUUUUAUUAUCACCAAUUUUAAUUCCAGAUGCAAAUGCACGAACUUCCCUUCCUGAGCUCCCCACAAUGUGAGUGAAUUCUGGCUCUUUUACAACCCUGAGUGAUUUGUGACCCUCUCUCAGCCUCAGUGCCGCUGCACUUGUUCCCUCUUUGGUUGUAACAUGAGAUGAAAAGUUAGAGUUAUUGAUGAAAGGGGAUGUUUUAUUGAAUCAUUCUGUCAGAGCUCCUAGGAGCCAUAACUCGAAAAUGUAUGACUCUCUCUUUCUGUCCUCUCUCUGGAGCAGCAGAGACACCGGCACGAUGAGACACAGUAUGGGUGAGCAGACAGUCCCCAUAGUGUAACAUAAUAUAAAAGCUUUUAUAUAAUUUACUUCAAAUAACAAGUGAGAACACACCGCUGUUUUACAGGCUCAGAUAUCUACUGUGAGAUCCUUGAUGAAAGGCCAAGAUCAGGUUUGUCUAUUGUUUUAUUCUCUUUUGCAGAACAAUGAAAAAGAAAAAGCGAUUUAACCAAUUCUUUGUUCUGUAGUUGUUAAGUACGGCAUCGACCGAAGUGACAUCAUUCUGGGACGAAUCCUCGGCGAGGGUUUCUUUGGGGAAGUCUAUGACGGAGUUUACAAAAAGGCUGUAAGUGUGUUUCCCUAUUGUAAAAAAAGGAUGAAAUCAUAAGAAUAGCUGUGGAUGAUGCAGGGAAAUUCUGAUAGGGAGUGAAACAGAUAUUUACUGUAAAAAUCUUAACAAGUGUAUUUGUCCAAUUUCUCGUCACAAAUAUUUAUAAGGCUGGGGACAUAGUUGCUGUUUAACAAUACAUUUAGAAACACAGCCAGCCACAUCAUGAACGUAAUGGUAGACAUACUGGACUAUGUAUUAAUGUCUGGGGCUUGUUUCCAUUUAGUUUUGCAGGUUUCCACAUUGACCAAUGGUUGAAUUCAUCUCUUAUUAUCUGUUUUGACAAUUAUAACUGUGCAGUGGUAAUGAAACAUGGUACAGUUGUUGGGAAACUGCAGACCUGAUCUGUAAAAUACUGUGGCCCUGAGGGGCAAAACACAACGGCAAAUCAGAAAACACAACACAAAAAGAGAAAACAUGACACUAAAACAGAAAACACAACACUAAAAUAGAAAACACAACGACAUGAACCACUGUGUUUUCUAUUUUUGUGUUGUGUUUUCUGAUUUGCUGUUGUUAAUUGCACCUCAGGGCCACUGUAAUGAAACAUUUCGCCAUUGUUGUCCUGCUGCUGUGUUGUCUGUCACAUCUCCUCUGCCUCUACGCUGCCCCUUCUGUUCAUGUGCAUACUGCACCUCUGGUCUAUGGUAGGGCUGCCUCAAUUAAGGGGAUCACUGGGAAUCCCGGACCCCAUGAAAAUAUGUCUCACAGAAAAUUUUCAAAACAAAAGCAUGACUUUUUCAAAGUUUUCUGAUAAUAUUGUAAUAAUAUCAUUAUCACAAUAUUUUAUGGCCAUAAUAAUUCUGAGGUGUAAAUCUGAUAUGUUAGUGGACCUAACUAAAGUCCCAUUAAUUUUGGAGAGCAUACACAGGACACCCCACUCACACGCAGGGAACAUAUAGAGACCAUUAUUUGCAUGUGUAUGUGCUGUUAAAAGCAGGUUCAUCAAAUGGAGGAUAUAACAUAUAAAAUGAGGGGUAACCUCAGUCUAUAUGAGAUAAGAUGGGCAAAGUGGUCAACCUUCAACAACUAAUUUAUUUAUUAUAUGGUUGUCACAGCAGUGAUUAUCCUAUUUGUUUGUUGUAUUUUUUUUUUCUUUUUAUUUAUUGCGGGUUUGUUUAUGUUGUUGUUGCUGUUAUGUCUUUCUCUCUUUCUUUCUUUCUUUCUUUCUUUCUUUCUUUCCUUAAGUGUAUGAUGUUGUCCAUGUUGCUGUUAUGUGAUUUCUUUUUCAUGUGCAUAUGCAAAUGUACAAACACGUGGUGACUUAAAAAAUAAAGUAAUAAAUAAAUAAAGAACAUAAAAGCAGGUUUUUCUCCAGCACUAGACCUAACAUAAGCCCAUCUAGUAGAUAUGAGACACAUAAGCUUGGUAGGAUCUGAGUUUUUGUGGUAAAAAUUACAAGUAGCCACAAUUGCUGCCAAAGUUAAUGAUUUUAUAAUUUUUUUUUAAUGCAAAUCUUCAAAUAAAUGAUUAUUCAGGUCAAAAAUUGCUCCUCUUACACCUUAAAUUCUGACUUAAGAUAAGUGGUCCAACAAAUGACUUGAACAUUUAUCAGGCAGUCAAAAAAGCUGCAGUCAAUUAACACAAUGACGAAACUGACCGAUCUAAUUCACUCUGGAAACAGGCUGAAGUUCUGUUUCCUUGUAUUUUUCAUUAAAAUACUCCCGCCAUCUCUCUGAAUUUGUCUUUUGUUGUUAUAACAGGAUGGCGAUAGGGUUAACGUAGCGGUAAAAACCUGCAAAGACUGCUCACCUGAUGUGAUGGAGAAGUUCAUGAGUGAAGCAGGUAACCGUAAAACUGUGCAGAAAGAUCAAAGUUGCCAUAGUAACUUUUAACUCUGAAUAAAUGUGCAAACCUGGUGUUUUUAAGUUAUUAUGAAGAACCUGGAUCAUCAGCACAUUGUGAAACUGAUUGGGAUCAUAGAGGAGGAUCCAGUGUGGAUCGUGAUGGAGCUUUAUCAGUAUGGAGAGGUCUGUUUAAACCCUGAUCAAAUUGUUAGUCUGUUGUUUUUAUUGUGUGUAUGAAGUGUGUGUUUGUAGGUGAGAAGAACAUUUAUUCAGCUUCAUAUAACAGAUAGAGUGACUGAGAGCUUAUCUUAUGUUUGCUGGCCUUGUCUCUCUUGCAGCUGGGGAACUACCUGACUCAGAACCAGAACAAGUUAACAAACAUGACUCUGGUUCUGUUCAGCCUGCAGAUCUGCAAAGCUCUGGUCUAUCUAGAAGGAGUCAACAUGGUGCACAGGUCAGAAACCCCCUUUAAUCUGCCUUUUUAGUGAGCAGGUGAUUAAAAAGUGAUUUAUGUAAUUCUUCUGAAGUGAUCAGGCUUUGACCAACCUGUAAACCUUUCAGAUUCCCUGUAUCAUAUCUCUCUGGCAGGAUUACAGACAGAUAAGGCAAAAAAGGCCAAAAAAGCAUCUGAGCGCAAGUAGGCUGGUGAAAACAUUUUAAUUUAAACUUGUAAAUGUUUCCAGUAAGACACAUCAUUACAGAGAGUUAAUGUGAGAGGAAAACAGUAAAACACGAUCCGCUCUGUGUGUUUCUUCAGAAUUUUAUCGACAUGUUUCAGGGAGCAAAGCGGACACUCAAGGGUUCAAUCUGCCAUGAAGGAAAAACACAGACAAAGGAAAUGAGUUUCUGCCUGUGUGGGAAAAAAAAACUCAAAUGCCCCCUUUGUUUUGUUUUAUGAUGCAUUUCUGCAAGCACUGAAGCAUCUCAGAAGCAGAGUCAGGGUCAUUUAAAACACCAUGUCUGCCACCUUAACCAUUCUUUCUGUCUCGCUCUCGUUAUCCCAACAGAGACAUUGCGGUUCGGAACGUGUUAGUAGCCAGUCCAGACUGUGUGAAGCUUGGAGACUUUGGUCUGUCCAGAUACAUUGAGGAUGAAGAAUACUACAAAGGUGAGACCAUAAAACGGAUGCUUUACUGCCAUGUUUAUACUCCUCUGAAGACAAAGUAAGUCAUUAUUAAAAAGUACCAACUUCUCUCUUUUCUUUGCAGCAUCUGUGACCCGGUUGCCCAUCAAGUGGAUGGCGCCAGAAUCAAUCAACUUCAGGCGUUUCACCUCAGCCAGCGAUGUGUGGAUGUUUGGUGAGUUUGUGGUAGACUAACCCAGCUCAAAACAAACACAUUUAUGGUAUUUAGAGCACCAGACAGGAAGUGUACACUACAGAGGACAGGUAGCUGGUUAAUCUACAACUCAAACCGUCACCACUUGUUUUUAUGAUGUGGAGAAAAUAUAAAGUGUGUGUGGAGAUUUUCAGUUCAGUUGAAGCACCCAGAAUUUCCCAGAGAUUCACAAGUAGAGUUGGAUUAUCUUCUGCCAUCACCUGGGCACAGAUACUGUAUGUUAGAAUGACCAUGCCAGGCCUUUGGGGAAAUAAAGUAAGAGCUUGCAGAUUUUUAGAGUAUGGAAGCGUAUUGUAUUCACUUACAACAAAAAAAAUAAACAGUUUUUUUUCUUUGCUGUUUUUUGAACUAUUUUUUUUUGUCUUUCUGUUUUUUCAGACUAUUUUUUUCUCCCAUUUUUUGUACACAUAUUUUUUUUCCCCUCUUUCCAGUUUAAGGACAAUUUUUAUUCUGUUUUUUUUGUACUGAGGUGCCUGUGCAAAGUAGACAAACUUAUGAUGACUCCAUCUAUCUGACUUAAAGAAAGGAGUAGCUUCCAGUGUCUCAAACACAAAAGAAAGUAAAACUUGAUUAAACUGAACAAGUGGGCCAUGUUUGCUUCCAAUAAAUGGAGUAGAGGGGGAUGAAAGCGUCUGUUUUAAAUGAGAAUAGGAAAAAUAAUUUGUCUGAAAAAAAAAAAAACAAACAACAAAAAAAUUAGUCUGUAAAACAAGGGGGAAAAUAAAAAAAAAAAAAAAAACAGAAAAAAAUAGUCUGAAAAAAGAAAAAAAAAAGUCAGGAAAAGAAAAAAAAAAUUCCACUGAAAAGCAGAAAAAUUUAGUCCGAAGAACGGAACAUAAAAAAUUACUCCAAUAAAACUUUUUUUUUUUUUUGUUUGGUGUAUGCAAUACACUUCCAUAUUAGAGAUCCACAGUGCCCUAAAAGAGAUGUCAGGUGCACACCUUGUCCACAGGGGGUGACAAAGUCCACACAGAAAUUGAUGUCAUGCAGAGACGGUUUGGUCAAAGGAACUCCAAACUUAGUGAGAAUUUUUGAACAAUCUCAGAUAGUCUUAUCCAGAUAAAACUAGAGCAAAGUUUCCCGAAAUGAAAUUAAUGUCUCAAAUCAAGAAACAUAUUAAGAAAAAAUUUUUACACUCAUUAUAGGCUUAUUAUGUCUUGAGAUGAGAUAGUAAUUUGGGUUUGUCAGGCAAUUAUGGCUUAUUGUCAGCCUAAUGAGACAUUUAUUUUGUCGGAAAAAAACUCAAACACACUUAAGUUCUGCUAAUUUGUCUGCCUUUAUUAGAUUUGUUCCUUCUUUUGUACGCAUCUGCAGACAAACCAUAAUCAUGGGGAAUAAAUAACAUAAAGCAUGCAUUAAGUUGUCUUUAUUUUUCCAUGUUUGCAUUACUCAAUAGCUGUAUGUAUGUGGGAGAUCAUGAGUCGUGGGCAGCAGCCGUUUUUCUGGCUGGAGAACAGAGAUGUCAUUAACCAGCUGGAGCAGGGAAUCAGGCUGCCUAAACCGGACAACUGCCCUCCUGCCCUUUACUCACUUAUGACCCGCUGCUGGUCCUAUGAUCCCCGAGAGAGACCCAACUUCACUGAACUGGUGGUCAAGAUCAGGUAACGGUUUAUUGAAUACUAAUAGUACAAACUCUACUCUUACAAAAUGAGACCUCACAGAGCUGGUUUCGCAUUUACAUUCUCAUCUUUACUGAAUUAUUUCCUGAAAUAACAAACCUGUUGCGUGUGUUUUAAACCUUUUUAAUAUCCUUAUAAUUCAUGUCUUAAAUUUGUCAGUGAGGUCCACAAAAUGGAGAAGGAGCAGGAAGUGGAGAGAGAGCGCGACAGGGCGCGCUCCACUAAAUAUUUUGACCCCAAGUUUAAUUUUAAUGAGCCUCCUCCAAAGGUAUGAACCCUUCAUAACUUAAGCAUCACAAACUUUCUUAAAUGCAGUUUUCUGUGCAUGCUAAAUAUAUCUUUUCAUUACCUGUAGCCCUCAAGAAAACCUGGGAGGUUUGGGAACACGCUAAGCAUUGGUCUACAUAUUCAGGUACAGCAGAUUAAGAAGUUACUUCUUAUGAUGCUAAUUUUCUCAAAAAUUAUGUAAUGAAAAAGUUUACUAAAAAAAUGUGUUUGUUUGUGUCUAUGCAGCUGAACGAGGCUUUGUGUGCCAGCUCUCCUGACCUGGCCAGCCCAUGUGAAUAUCAGUCACCCGUGGACUCCAUGAACACACUUCCCCUGCCAAUCAGGUCCCCUCGGCGCCGAAGCAUGGGGGUAUAAACAUUGUCUCUCAUUUUCACUCACAUUUGAAGAAUAGUCAUCAACCUAGUGCACUUAGUGAUGAUUACCGUGAAGUCAUCUUACUUCCAUCAAAUUUCCUGGUUGUAGGAGGGUGAGUUUCUCCGAGUGGAAGCGAACAGCCGAGAGGAUGCCCAGCGCCUCUGGCAGCGGGAGAGACAGCACAUGCACGACACUUUGCGCCGGCAGAAAGAGCAGAUGUUGGAAGAUGAAAAGUGGCUGGAGAAGGAGGAGAGACUCCUGGUGGGAAACAGAGCAUCAUUAACUUUUGUCAACCCCCUCUCUGUGUCUCUGUGUCGCCCAGAUCCCAAAUUCAAUGUGGCUCUGGAGGCUACGCUGAACGAGGUGUCGUUUAACAAUUUAAAGCCUCUGGUUCACUCCCGACGCCCAGCUAGUCUAAAUCUGAAUGUUCCCCUGAUAUCAGUUCCAAAGAGAGGAUCCAUGUCCAUAAUCUAUAAAAUGAACCUGCCUGUUCUUUUGCAGGACCCCAUGGGACCAGAGGACCCUGCCAACCCAGCGGUAGGUGUCAACCUGUACAAACUGUGAUUUAAUGGUUGGAUGACAGUUUGUUUUGUGCAGUUUUCUGUCCUUUGUCCCAUUGGACAAGUUUCCCAUAAAGUCAGUUUUAUGCUCAUUUAGAAAGUAGCAGCAAAGGUAAUAAAACACAUGUAUUUGGCUAACCUACAGUUCCUCUUUAAUAGGCAGAUAGCAUUUCAGCAACUCAAAGGGGCCAUUGUGAGGUAGAUUAAAGACUAAAUUCAAGGAAAGGAGAUAGUAUUUGGAAAAAUUUCCAAGAGUAAAGUGUUUAAUUAUUGAGAAAGGAACUAAAACGUCCCUAGACAAAGUAUAUAUUUAUGUAUAUUUAAAAAAAUCACAAUAAAAGAUACAUUUGAUUGUUAAAAGUAAACAGGAUUUUUGUCAAUAAACACUACUUCGGGAUUUAGAGGACAUCAUAGGCAAAGACUGUUUUGUCCACAGGGGGCACCAAAAUUGACACAAACUGGCAAAUCCUUACAUGCACCAUAAUUUGGAUAAAAAAGUGGAUAAAACUGAAUUCAUGUAAUUCUUGAUGAGUGUAAAAGAACAGACAUCUUAGCACAGUAACAAAAACUUUCAAUUCAAAUCAAAGGACAUUCUGGGAAAUAAUGAGUUACCAUCAACUUAAAUGAAGAGGCACAUUUUACAGGGGAGACAUUUAACACACAGCACUGUUAAAAUUGAUUAAAUAUAUUUAACAAUGUCUCUGCAAUAUAGGGGCACUAUUCCUUUAAGUUGUAUUCUAGUUUAGUCAGGAAGUCACACUCCAGCUGUGUAAUUAGAGAACCGUAGUGUGUUAGUGACUGUGAGUGAUUGAGUACCAACAGGAUGUUUGUUCUCUAACUCAUGAGGUUUGUCUUUUAUUCUUUUCAGUUUCCUGAAGCUGACACAGAUAAUGGUAAGUGCCAAAAAGAGUAAUAGAUUCUUUACAACUUAAGUCAUUAUUAUUCUCACUUGAGCUGAACCCUCCCGUCUUUCUUCCAACCCCGCAGCACCUCCAGAGAAACCUCCACGGCUCACAGCACAGGUAAUUAUGUCAGUCUAUCUUGCAUUGCCUAUAUCUUUCGGCCAUUUAAUUUUAUUAGCUUUAAAAGUGAACUCAGUCGCUGAAAAAAGUGCAAUAACCCCUUAACUAAGUUGAAAGAGCAUCGCAUAAGUGCUAACAUGCAUUUAAUAAACUGUUUAGUUAAUAUUCUUUUAAGUUAUCCCAGUUGAAAACCCAUUUUAUAUUCUCAUCUAGCCUGCGCCUACAGCUGAGCUGGACCGCUCAGAUGACAAAGUUUACCACUCCGUCAUGAACCUCGUCAAAGUCGUAGUCCAGCUCAAGAAUGACUUCGCCGAGAUGCAGCCAGAUCAGUACAUCACCCUCGUCCAGGUACACCGAGAUGAAUCAGUCUUUCCCCUCACUGUGACACUUCAUCACUGCUUUAGAGGCAAAUUUAAAGUGUAUGAAUUAAAGAGAAAAGACAAAAGACUUGAGUUGUACAUCUGAUAAAUUCUCCACAUUGAUCUCUGCCCACAGUCUGUCGGGAUGGCUUUACGAGACCUGAUUCGCAACGUGGAUGAUAUACUGCCUACCUUACACGAGUCUAUCAGGACUGAGGUACUGUUUAUUGUCUUCACCUUUUUUGCUGUGUUUUCUCAUCUUCUUACUCUCUUUCUUUAUCGAUUUUAAUGUUCUUACACGCUGCUCUGCUGCUUGUUCCGUGAAUAAAAUGAGACUUAAGUUCAUCUCAAACACAAAGAAGUACAAAAAAAUAAUAUGUCUUGCUUACUAUUCAGGCUGAAAACACCAUGAAUCCAUAACUCGCAUAUAAGAUGAGUUUCUUUGAGUCUUACUGAUCAAUUGAUCAAAGACAGUAGAAAGAUGGGUUUUAUUUUGAUAUAUACUUUUAACAUAAAAAGGAGCAGACUGUCACCAUAGUUACCUGAGGUGGGAAAAAUGAUUGAUUUUAAGAUGCAUCACGAUUCGGCCAUGCACGGUUCUGCAUCGAUGCAGCGACGUGACAAUCGUUCUUUUUCUCACUUUAUUAAUUUAUUUUUCUGGACAAUGAAGUUGUGAGGUUUCAACUGCUUCUGGGGGCAGAGUUGCAAACGCCAUGCUCACUGGGGAUACGGCGCGAACCACACAAGUUAUCAAAGAUGCAUCUAUUACUUUUAAAUCAGACAUCUGAGCUCAUUUCGGCUUUUAUGAACUUGAUGGGAGGCUUGAGAAGAUGCACGCUGUGUAUAAAGUCUGCGACACAAAAAUAAAAUACUUUGGGUAUACAACUAAUAUUACGAAACAUUUCGAACGUUUCCACCCUGUGAGGAAUUCGGCAGCAACAGCCACGAAAACAGCGACUACUAGUUACCAUGUUGUCCAUCCAACAAUUGUCUUUCACUAGUUAGAGCACAAUUAAAUGUCACAUAAUUUGGAAAAUAAAAAGGAGCUGUUUGGCUGUUUUCUGGGGGACAAAAAGUUGAUAAAAUCAGUCAGAGGUUUUACUCAACACAAAGCGGUCUUCCUGCACUCUGAAGGGGGUUCUCCACCUCAACAACCCUCUAACAUUACAUCACCCCCACUUCUUACUUCAGUAACUAAAUCACAGACCUUCAAUAAAACCUCCAGUGUGAUAUUGUGUCUCAGUUAACUAUGAAAUUAAGGCAGAAUGCACCUCAUUCAUACCCUGAAACUAAAUAGUUUCUAUAGUUUUACCUACUGUAGCUGUCAGGUUCUGGAGUUAAGCAAAAAAGAUAGUACAAAAAAAAAAAAAAAAUAUAUAUAUAUAUAUAUAUAUAUAUAUAUAUAUAUAUAUAUAUAUAUAUAUAUAUAUAUAGAUAGAUAGAUAGAUAGAUAGAUAGAUAUAUAAAGAACAAAAUGAAAAGAUCGACAAAAACAGAAAAAUCCAAAAGACAAAAUCCACAAAGAAAUCACAGGGAGCAACUGGGGACACAGGCAUAAACACACACACUGAUAAACAUAUAAUGAACCAACAAGGACAGAGGGGAAGACGGGGACUAUAUGCACACUGGGAAACAAGCAACAGGUGAGGCAGACAAGACACAGGUGAGGCAAACGAGAAACAUGGGUGAUUAAUAAAAGAGGGAAAACUAGGGAAAUAAAACCAGAAUAGAAACACAAGGAAUCAGCUCCUACAAAAUAAAACAGGAAACACUGAAAACUGAUCUAAAGAAUUACACUGACAACAUGAGGGAAACGGGGUCAAACACAAACUGAAAACUCACAAGACAGGAUCACAGGAACAACAGGGAACAGAAACUCUAGGGAAAUUACACAAAAUGAACUCAAAGAAAACCAGGAGAAAACUAAAUAAACAGAACAUAUCAUGACAGUAAGUUGUCAUGAUUGCAAACAGUGCCCAUCCAAGAAAGUCACCAUGCUGUUUUUUGUACUUUCCACAGAUCGAGGGCACCCAGAAACUCUUGAACAACGACAUGGCAGAGCUGAUCAGCAAAAUGCGUCUGGCCCAGCAGAACGCCAUCACCUCCCUGAAAGAGGAGUGUAAGAAACAGAUGCUGGCGGCGGCUCACACUCUGGCGAUGGACAGCAAGAACAUGCUGGAUGCCGUGGACCAGGCCAGAGUCAGAGCCAACCUAGCCAAGCCAGCGACGCUUUAGUGAACUGUAUACAUAUUCCAAGUUACACAUCAAGCUUAAAUCAAACAAUAUCCUCAUUUGUAUGUCAAAAUUGACAUGGACAUUGUCACAGUCAGGCUGUGGCAGUCGUUAUAUCUGUAAAUGUGUGGUGUUUACUUCUAAUUUGAUGCUACAGCUCAGUGGAGAAAGUUAAUGUGUAUUUUUACUAAGCUAGUGUAUGUACUGAAUUAAUGAUCGCCUAUCAACACAUGUUAAGGUUGGGCUGACACUUGUCUGUUAUGUACAAACAUCACUUUACUUAAAUGUUUGGUUUAAAAUAUCGAGAGAGAAUAAAAAUGCUAUGGAUGGUUGGUAAUCACAUAUUUGAGGCGCUCCAUUCAACUUGAAAGAGUGAAAUUAUCUCUCAGUCUGACCAUUUUUGCAUGUAAGUUAUGUUUUAUUAAAAUAAAAUUCACGAUGUUA